AUGGAUCAAUCCAACCUCUCCGCCUACGAGCUCGAGCGGCUCGAAAACAUGAGGCGCAACGCGGCGCACCUCGCGAGCCUCGGCCUCGACGACGCGAGCAGCGCCCCGGCACGCUCCCGCGGCGGCGCCUCCUCCCGCAAGCGGCCCGCCGCGCCUCGCCCGCUGCCCACGGCCCAAGCGGUGCGCCGCUCGUCGCGGCAGCGCGUAGCGGUGACGCCAUACACGGACGCCACGCCGCUGCCCGACGCACGCCGCGCGCCGCCGCCGUCGUCCGCCAGUCACGCGGAGCCGGUUGGCUACGGAGAGCCCACCGCGCUCGACGCCGCCGGAGCGGCCGCGAUGCGGAGCGCGCUCGAGUCGCGCGAGCCCGCGGAGCGCGGCUCGACGCGCGGCGUCCGCGUCGACGUGCCGGCGCUGCUGCGCGGCGGCCUCGGCGAGCACGUAGCCGGGCCGUCGACAAAGGCGUCGGUGGUGGCGCUCCUGGCGGGCGCAGGGGGGAGCGGGCGGCAGAUGCCUCGCUUCUCAAAGUACGCGGGCGGGCUCGAGUGGGAGAACGCGGUGAGUCUCUUCAUCAACAUUGGCGGCAGCGACUACAACAACACCUUCUCGCACGGCGGGCGGCGCGUCAGCUGGUUUGGAGGCAGCAAGAUGCACCUCGACACGCCCCUCGUGCAGCGCCUGCUCACCGGCGCCGAGGCCGAGGAGGAGGGCGGGGAGGGCGGGGAGGGCGCCGCCACGGUGCUCCUGUUUUGCCGCGAGGUGGGGCGCGAGACGGGCGCGUACGUGUGCUGCGGCCGGCUGCGGUACGUGCAGCACUGGCAGGUGCACCCGCUCAAGUUCGAGUGGGACCUGCUCGACUUUGACGAGCUGGCCGCCUCCAAGCCGCCCUUCAAGGCGCUGAUGAGGCUCGCGCGGCCGUCGACGAAGUAA